AUCCUCUUUACUAAAAUAUGUGGGUGGGGGUGGAGACUAACAACACAGAGCCUUUCCACCCUGGUACACCAAACCAGGAGAGGCCUACUCACUUCAGCGCAGUCAUCACAUCUCAAGGAUGCUGCUUAUUUCACAGCUGUUAGUGUCACAUCAUCAUGGGAUGGGACACAAGAAGAACUAGUCACAGAUUACAACCGAAGAACAAAAACACACCAUAGGAAAAGGCUCUCAAGUAAUUUACCGAACUGGUAAUGGGAAGGAAGGUCAGUAAUGUUCUUCUUCGGGACCUAGAGAAAAGAGCCUUAGAGGCUCAAUGUGCCUGUGCAGCGAGAACAGCAACAAAGCACAUUGUUUGUCUGGUAGCUUGGAGUGUAGGACAGAAACAAACUGCUGACCUCUCUUGACAUCUAUAUUUUUGGCUUUGCUGAGGGCACCCAAAGGUGAGGAAGAAGAAGAGUUGGGCAGCUUUACAGUUGCACAAAGAGACAGACAAAAACACAAAGAGGCUGGUCGUGAGUGAUCAAGCCCCAGCAACUGCGGGGAGUAGUUAUCUGGUCUGGGCUGGUUGGCAGAUCCCCACUUUUGUUCAGCUGACAGACGAGGGUCCAGAAGGUGACUAACAGGAUGAGGCCAGGGAGCCACGUGGCCCCCUCGAGGAUUACAAGCAGCAAGAAGAAGGUAAAGAGAUUACGCUCAAAGCAGAGCCUGCUUUUUUAACCUUGUCACUGUUGUUACACUGACAGCAUGGAAGGAAACUCCUGAGCCAAAAUAUCAUCUAUUCCCGGAUUCUCUUCCUUUGCCUCUCCUCCCUCCCUUGCUCCCACUGCUCGUCCAUUCAUGCAAUCACCUCUGCAGUGUACUGGGAUCCCACAGCAUCCAGGAACUAACGAUUGCAGAAGCUGAGUUUUGGUGCCUGCCAAGAACUCCUACGCACCGAUGAGGAGACUUUUAUACAUUCUGCUAAAGGACUCGAGAUAAGGAGAUUCUGGAUUUUAUUGCUUUUUGCCACGGUCUCUUUACAAAUGAUAACUUUACACUUGAAAAAUUAGCCCAUCAUGCUUUUGAAGUCGGGACUAUUCUUAACUUUGUGUCUGUUUACCCUCCAAGCAAGUCAAAUCAAAGACCUUCACGACCACGGUUUUUCUGGACUCAGGGAUGUAAAGUACCGACACUUUCUGGAAGCUUCCAGACCAAUCCCACAUGCAACCAAUGUCAGAGCAGAGCAGGGUGGACAUCGGGGAAAGAGGUCAACAACCUUCACUACGGGUGUCAAAGUGUGUCCCCAGGAGAGUGUGAAAGCAGUCAUCGGCAGCCACCGGGCCUAUUACAAACUCAGAGUUUGUCAGGAAGCAAUUUGGGAAGCUUUUCGGAUCUUCUUGGACAGAGUGCCAAACUCAGAAGAGUACAGGGCCUGGGUUUACACCUGCCAGCAUGAAAACCUCUGCAUGGACGACUUGGCUCAGAAUUUCAGCAGCUCUCAGGAGCACCUGGACAUGGUCGCCAGAAGAGUAGCUGAGGAAAAUGAAGGAAUUGAAUCUGGGACUGAAGAGCCAGGAAGUGAAUGCACCUGGACUCCGCCUGUGAUUCUCCUUCCAACUGAGGCUGAUGUGGUUAAAGAGAUAAACCCCAGCAUGAUGAAAGAAAUCUAUGAAGAGUAUAUUGUUGAGUUCAGGAUCACCAUCGUGGAUCCGACAUACAGCGAACUGCUCAGUAACCCCGAGACUGCACAGUACAAUGACAUCGCCCGAGACCUCAAACAAAGGAUGCUUCAUGUGUUUGAAAAAGUUCCAGGAUUCAAAGAGAUACGUGUUCUGGGAUUUCGACUGGAGGACGUGUCUGUACGGUAUGCUGUGGUCUUUAAUGGAGAAACAGAGCUGAAUGAGGAACCUGAGGGUUAUGUCACAAACACAGGGGAAGAUGUAAAUGCUCCCAAACUAAAGCACAUCAUUGUAAAAGCGUUAAAGCAGGAGACAUCACUACCACUGGACAUACAGACACUAAGCUUUGAGGCUGUAACCACAGUUUAUCCAGUUGCUGAGCUCAACUUGAAUCCGGUUGAGACUGUAAUAUCCGAGGAUGACACCACAGAGGCACCAACAGAGGACAACACUCUCACCCAAAGUUUCUUCCCCACCUUGGGAGUGAUUGAAACCACAUUAGAAGCUUCUACUGUCAAACCAGAAACACACACGUUUGUGCCUUUCAUCCCCAACAUCCUCCCAGAAGUCACUUCUGCCUUCACAGUGGAGAAUUCUUUAUCGGCAGCUGUAGAAGAGGAGUCCACAUACGAUGCUGCAGAGGAAGCCGUUACACAAGGAGCAAAAGUGGAGACUUUCACAGAGCAGGUGGAGGAAGCAGAGACAGAGGUGGAGGAAAUACCAUCAGCUGAACAUGAAGAAGGAGGUGAGGGUGAAUCAGAGGAGGAGGUGACAAAAGAACCCAGACAAGCUGAUGGGGGGAAUGAGCAUCCAGAUCAAAAGGAUGAGGACCUUUCUGUAACAACUCCAAACCUCCAACCUAAAGAAUUCGUGACUGAUGCUGAGGCUUUGACUGACCUAUCACUGCCUACUUACCCCAUCCCAAUUUCGGAGAUGUCUAUCACAGAAACAGCAGCACCAGUUUCCACACCAUCAUCACUUGAGGGCAAAGUCCAAGGCAUUGAACCAGAAACAGAUGUGAAGUCUUCGCCAUCCCCUGUGGACCGCAGCAAAGCCCCUGAGGAUGCCAAUGAGUCAAGUGGAGGGCACAGUGGAGUAGCCCCGGUCUCAGUGGACCUUACUGCUGAGAGUUCAAACAGUCAAAAGAAAGGAGGACAGAGUCAGAAUGGUACAGAGUCGGUGUCCAAGCCCCAUGAAGAGGAAAGCGGUAGUGGAGUCGCCUCAGAGUCUGAAGAACGCCCAUAUGAGUCCACUGCUGCCCCAAUCAUUAGACAAGCCAGCACACCUCUGAUGACAGCAGUGGAUAAGAGCAAAGAGUUAGUGGUUUUCUUUAGCUUGAGGGUCACUAACAUGAUGUUUUCUGAUGACCUGUUCAACAAGAGCUCUCCUGAGUAUAAGACACUGGAGAAUACGUUUCUUGAACUGACACAGCACUCUGGGUCCAGAAAUUCGCCAAACCCUGGAGCUUCCAGUAAAUCUGGGCCUAGGAGACAGACGACUUUAGCCUCCAUACCGCUUUUGCCAUAUUUGCAGUCCAACUUGACGGGAUUUAAGCAGCUGGAAAUUCUUAACUUCAGGAAUGGAAGUGUUGUGGUAAACAGCAGGAUGAAGCUGGACAAGCCCGUACCUUAUAAUGUCACAGAAGCAGUGCACUGCGUGCUUGAAGACUUCUGUAAUGCAGCUUCCAAAAGGCUUGAUAUUGAAAUUGACAGUCGCUCCUUGGAAAUAGAACCAGCUGACCAGGCAGACCCCUGCAAGUUCCUGGCCUGCAAUGAGUUUUCACGCUGUGUGAUAAACAGUUGGACCAACGAGGCAGAGUGUCUGUGUGAUCCGGGCUACAGCACAGUGGACGGGUUGCCUUGUCAGAGCACUUGCACCCUGCAGCCAAACUACUGCCUGAACGGAGGCCUGUGUGAAAUAAUCCCAGGCCAUGGAGCAACCUGCAGAUGCCCCGUGGGUAAAUAUUGGCACUACCAUGGGGAACGCUGCAAUGAGCUGGUGUCAGUGCCGGUAGACCCGUCACUAAUUGUAACCUGCCUUGUGGGAAGUCUCUGCUUUGUGUGCGCCAUCCUUGGCAUUUUAAUAUUCAUCAACAAGAAAUGCAUAAAAACCAGAAAGGCUGUAACUUUGGUGCAGACUCUUGCCCCUUAUGCCUUUGAGAAUACUUUGAGGGAGAACCCAGUAUUUGAGAAUGACGAUGGUGUCUUAACUCACGUGUCCACAUUGCCAUGCCCGUCAAGUUCUGCUUCCUCCCAGUCCCAACACUCUGAGCAAGAACAUUUUGCCUCCAUUGAAAAUAUACAUCUGAGUAUCGAGAUCCCCAGACAACUCUACACAACAAGAUCAGAAAGAUUAGUCUCAGAAAUGGUGGAUUUUCAUCACUGUAUACCACACAAUGAGCUAUAUGAUGUUUGCAAAAGACGUGGCGACUGUCAAAUGAAUACAGAACGUGUCAUGUUUUAAGGGCAUCGGAUAACGAAUGUUUCGAAGUUACAGUUCUCUGAUGACUCCUUGUUCGUUUGAAGAUCCGUCAACGCAGUGACACGGUGCAAAACAGGAGGGAGAAAAAAAAGAACUAAUGUUGCUGUCUAACUGUAUAUGGGUGCAGAUACCGUAAAGCAGUGAUCAAGUUUAAUUGUUCAUAGUGAUGAAAGUGUCUUGUUAGACAGAGAGCUAUGGAUGCUGCUGUGCACUUAGUUUGUGUUCAAGUGGAACCUAAUAUUUAUUUUAUAUAAUGAAUGGUAGGAACAUUUCCUGUAUACCCUUGACAAAGGUUUUUCUUUCCUCACAAUGAGGUAUUUAUUAUUUACAUGAAUACAAAGUGUUUAUUACCACCUUGCUUACAAAAGGUGGUAUCUUUUGUUUAGACUUUAUGAUAUUGUUUACUGCAAUGCCAUCCUUUAA